CGGAGAUAUUCGAAGCACACUGAAUCUGACUCUCAAGGUAAUCCCAUGUUUACUGCGAGAUACCUUUGAUACCAGGCACCCGUCUUUUUCCAAACAGCAUUGUCCUGCAACCUCGCGUCCGACAACCCUCUCGGCUGCUUUCCCGUACUUUCCGCCCUCUAGAGAGUCCUCCAGAAAUGUUCUGAGAACACAGCCAGCCAAGCACCAUGGCUGUGACAUUACUACCGAGCCACCCUCCACAUGCCUGACAAGCCCACCACUGUUGUCGCCUAUGCGGCCGGCGCAUCUCUUGCUGCUAUUGCUGCCUUCUACGUCUUUGGACCGACCUUCUUCCUCGAUGGCGAGAAUUCCAGCAGCACAAAUGAUGGACGAAAGCGAACCAUCAUCGGCCUGGCAAACCCUGCCAACGAUUGUUUUAUAAAUUCAGUCCUACAAGCUUUGGCUGGCCUGGGCGAUCUGAGAUUAUACCUUAUAAGAGAACUACAUCGAAGGCAGCUCGAUGAUGCAGAAAUAUACAAUACGGCACCACCCGUUUUGCGGAAGGGCGAGAAGGCGGAUAAAUUGGUCAAUCUUCAAAAGGGCCCAAUAACGAGGGCCUUGAAAGACAUGAUUGAUGCCUUGAACGAGCGUCCGAUAUACAGGAAGACUAUUACCGCGCGCCCACUGAUAGAGGCCUUGGAAAGGGCGUUUCAGACUCGAAUCAGUCGCAAUCAGCAGGAUGCCCAGGAAUUUCUUCAAAUUGUCCUCGAGCGACUUUGCGACGAAUACCAUGCCGCGGAAAGAGCGCGCAAUAGAUUGCUGAAUUCAACACAAAGUCAGAAUGGCGAACUAGUGGAGGUACGAUCCUCCGCGACAACGACCGAGGUGUCCGUCGGGACGAACGAAGGCUUCCCGUUUGAAGGACGCAUGGAGUCCCAGAUUCGAUGUCUACGAUGCCAAUACAAGACGAAACCCAGCGUGAGCACUUUUGUCUCUUUAACCCUCAAUGUACCACAGAAAAGUUCUACGACAUUAGACAGCUGCUUUGACAUCCUUUUAAAGAGUGAAGAGAUUGAUGACUUCAGAUGUGAUAAAUGUCGGCUCCAGCAUGCGUUGGAAUGGAAGAAUAACAAGCUGAAGUCGGCAAAGACAGAAGAGGAUCGAUCGGGAUUCGAGAGCGAUAUCGAACGCAUUGAGCAUGCUUUACGGGAAGAUCCUGAAAAGGCUCCAGAGGGCGUUACGCUACCUGAUCCGAAUCAGGCUCCUAAGAGCAAAAUCCGCAAAUCGACUCGCAUCACGGUCUUUCCAAAACUCAUCGCCAUCCAUUUGUCGAGGUCGCUGUUUGACCCUUCGAGCUAUUCAACCAAGAACAUGGCUAAGGUCUCUUACUCGGAGCGCCUGCGGUUGGGAGGACUCUUGGAAGAAAAGUGGUACAAGCUCUUGGGAGUUGUCUGCCACAAAGGAAGCCAUCACAGUGGACACUACGAGUCGUUUCGGCGAUUCCAUCUAUACCCUCCUUUCGCCACACCCGAUCCCUUCAGUGCUUAUGCCAUGGCCAGUCGAACCGCAAGCCUGAGGCCCUCAGCCACGGCCAGUCCCAACGUUGAGGCCAUCGAAUCUAACAAUUCCAUUCGGCCGGUCAAUUCUGAUGAACAAUCCAACAGUACAGUGUCGACAGCUUCAUUGUCGACGUCAAUUAGCAGGCCUAAUUCGAAUGGGUUAGACAAAAUACCACCGUCAACGUCACCAUCGACAGUCGAGCCGACUGAGACACCAAUGUCCUCAAUUCGAAGGACGGAGACACAGGCAUCAAAGCCUCAAAUCAGAACGCAAGAUGCUGGUCCAGCAAAAUUUCGCCGACGCAAGAAAUCCCUGGAUCGAUGGUGGCGUAUCUCGGAUGAUAAAAUCAAAGAAGCGCGUACCUCGGAUGUUUUGUCAAUGCAACGUGAGGUAUACUUGCUGUUUUAUGAGCUCGAGCGGCCAGGGGACGAUGCACUGGGUUGAGAUACACGGCUCCGUUAGACCAUUACGUAUCUGGAGGCCUUGCGAAUUGGCUCGAACAUGGACAGCUUCUUUGCGAGGUAUAGAAAACUGGAUAAAAAUCAGCUGGAACGAUUGUAGAUCCAGCAACAUGGUCUAUUGGACCCAAGUCACUGCUUCUGCCGCGUGUUCGGACUAUUGCUACCGAGGCUUCAGUGAUGCGGGGACAAGGUGUGCCGUGACCGUGGGGAUGUUGAAGCCUUGAAGGGAUGAUUCCGUGAUAUUCCGCAUCGUUUACGAGGAGAAUUGAAAUGCAUUGAGGGAGAAAUCGGAGGACAUGGUUGAC